UGCGAGACAUCAAGAUGGCUGCCGCGCCAGACGAUAUCUUUGGUCCGUCCCUUCUGGGGGUGUUUGAUUUGAGCGGCGUGAUGGACGUGUUGGGCGACGCGCGGGAAGAUGCAUGGGCUGAGCAAAUGGCCGGCGUGGCGCGUCGCAACCGGCUGCCGAUGCCGACGGAUGAAGAAAAGCGGGACGCCGCGCGACUCAAGCGGAUGAUGGGCGGCUUGAUGCUUGAGCGUCUCGGUUUCAUGCACGGCUCAGUGCACCACCUGAUCGAGAACGUCUUCGCUGAGUGCGUUGAAGCUGGCACGUCUCUGAACGACACGACAUUGAACGGCGCGUUCCUGUCUCUGCUCGACACGCACGUCGCCGGACUGCGCUGCACCGCUUCGCACCAAAUCCUUGGACUCAAUGACGAGACGGCGCGGUUCACGAUUUCUCUGCCUUCUGAAGGCGCGAUUCAGCUUCCGGGCCCGCCUCCAACUGGCAUUGAACGACAUCGUUACCCAGGCAUCAUUGACGCCAACUCCAUUGACGCCAACUUUCUCUACCAUCUGCGUGAGUUGUACCGCAGACGCUUCCACGUCGCUUGCCCGAUGCAGGAGCGCGUGCUUGUAGCGUCCUCGAGUUCCGCCCAGCACGGCACGACUCGAGUGGCGCUCGUGGCCCAGCACUGCCAGCCCGCGCCUCCGAGUUCCGCCGUGCCUGAGGUCAGCCCGGAGGGGUUUGACAUCACCUCGGUGCGCCACUUCAACUCGAUCAUGCGCGGCGUGCGCGUGGACCUCCACUGGCCACGCAUGAAGGUGCUGCUACUCGCCUCGAGCCACGACGCCGAAGACGGUGAGCACUCUGGCCUUGAGCGCCUCAGCUCCGAGCUCGUCUCCCACAUCGGCCAUUUUCUUCUGCACGGCCGGACCGACCUGAGCGGCUACGAGGUCGUCGGCACGUACGCGCUUCCCUGGGAGGAGCGCCCCGAGUACGACAUGGUGAUGGCGACAUACGGCCACGGCAUGUGAGAUGGCCGAUGUGUCCCGUACCUGAGUUCCUACCCCUGUCAUACACUCACACUCUGUGGACUGCCCGGGUGCCCCGCGAGGAAGUGUCGAGUGUGGAUCGAGAGAGCAGAAGUGUCAUGGGCCCCCAAGGUCGUCCGUGGGGUGCAUUCUGAGAUCCCUUGAUCGGGACCCAUAGGUUACUAUACUUAAAAUG